CCCUGCCACCACCAUCAUCAUCAUCACCAUCAUCAUCAUUGCUCUCAUCAUCACCUCAGCAGCAACAGCAGCUUCAGAUUCGUCGGUAGCAGAAAUCAGAGCAGAGUUGUAGAAACAGCUUGAAGGGAAAAAAAAACACCCGGAAAGGCUUUUAGACGUCUUUAAGAGAAGCUCCGCUUCAGGGGGGAGGGAACAUGGGGAAACUGGAGCUGCAGAUGAUCAGAUGCAAGGAAGAGGAACUCCGACCAAAUCUGCUUUUAUGACACACACCCCCAUGCAUCAUUAGGAAUUCAUACAAAUAAAACACGCUCAAGACAACCCUGUAUAAUACCUCACACAUCAUGGAUGCAGCUUCACCCUCCCUCCAGUAUGGAUCAAAAAAGCGAGUCAAAAUUCACCCCAACACCGUGACAGUAAAGUACGCCACCCACUUCCCCCAGCCUGGUGACGAAGGGUACGAUGAUGCACCCUCUUUUGAGGAUUUUGGUACCUUUGCAGAGGCAAAUGUCGGAAAGAGAUUGGUUUCAGAUGCCAAAGGCAGCAGGACUUUCUUUGGUACCAUGGAGACUCAACCUAAGCAGCCAAAUGUUCAAAGAGACAAGGGGGUUGAGGGUCAGCUGGCCAGCUUUGGCGAGGCUAAUGUUUUGGCCUCCAAAGUGACCUGGAUGGCCUUGUUUGGUGCAGCAGCAGCUCAUGGAUGUGUGGCUUUAAUUACUCGCUUGGCAGCAGAUCGUUCUAAGGUUCCCUCCCUCGAGCUGCUCUUCAUCCGUUCUGUGAUCCAAGUGCUGUCAAUUCUGGUGGUCCUCUAUUACCACGAGGCGCCCUUUGGCCCAAAGGGCUACCGGCUUCGUCUCUUCUUCUAUGGUGUCUGCAAUGUCAUUUCAAUCACUUGCGCCUACACGUCUUUUGCCAUAGUACCUCCCAGCAAUGGUACCAUCAUGUGGCGAGCCUCCACCACAGUCUUCAGUGCCAUACUGGCUUUCCUGCUGCUGGAUGAGAGGCUGAGCUACACAGAUGUGGUCACGGUGGUAGGAAGUGUGUUUGGCCUCUGCCUGGUUAUGGUGCCGAAUGUAGCGGACGAGGAGAAGUCCAGGUUGGGGUUUUGGAAGGAAGCCUUUGGCUAUACUAUGACAGUGAUGGCAGGCUUGACCGCCGCCCUCUCCAUGAUUGUCUACAGAGCCAUCAAGGAGCGUGUCAGCAUGUGGACUGCACUUUUUACCUUCGGCUGGACGGGCACUGUAUGGGGGGCCUCCACCAUGUUCAUCAUGCAAGAGCCUAUCAUUCCCCUGGAUGGAGAGACCUGGGGAUAUUUAAUUGGAAUCUGUAUCUGCUCCACAGUGGCAUUCCUUGGAGUCUACUAUGCUCUUAACAAGUUUCAUCCAGCCUUAGUUAGCACGGUGCAGCACCUAGAGAUCGUGGUUUCAAUGUUUCUGCAGCUUAUCGUGCUGAGGAUGAUCCCCUCUGCGUACGAUGUUAUUGGGGGCCUUGUCAUCAUGGUCAGCGUGUUCACUCUGACCGGGGUAAAGCUGUACAGAGUGAGCAGGGCCAUUCGACAGGAUUACCAAGAGAUCUUAGACUCGCCUAUCAAAUAAAUCCAUAUCUGUCAAUCUAUUUGUUUACAGUGUUGCUUGGUCGUGCAAUCAAAAGAAUGUCUGGAUCUUCAUCUGAUGAUUUUGUAUUGUUGUGCUGUGAACAGAGUGCCAGUUUGUGUAACUAAAGUCUGAAUAUUUACGUGUGAAAUAAAAGACAAUUGUAAUAUCGUGACCAUUUUCCCCUUGUAUAGCUAUGCUUUUAUGUGAAAUCGUGUCACAGGCUAAAAUGUCAGUAAAAAAGGCACCAGAGAAUCAUGGCAUCAACAAGGUAUUGAUAUAAUCUGUCGUCACACUGCCAAAACUGUGUCAAUGUCCAGUGCAAGUCAUACUGUAACUAGGAAUAAAAAAAUGAAAAAACUGACUUGUUGUUCGAGGCAAAAACAAUUAUUUAGGCAUGGUUAACGGUGUCAAGAUGUACCAUGGUUUAAAAUAGCUGUGGUUUAAAAAUAAUUAAAAUCUUUUAUAUAAUUUAAAGUACCCGAAAUACAAAAAAAUGUGUUAGAAUGAGAUUGUUUGUUUUCCAGCUGUACACAAAAUAGACUAAAGGAUUCAUAACUCUUCUCCAGCUCUUCUGUUUCUUUGCACUGCUAGUCAGCUGGCUGGUGAAAGGUCACAUCUGCAUUUGACCCGUCCGCUAGGGGAGCAGCGGGGUGCCACUGUGCGGCACCCAGGAAGCAGUGUGGGGUGAAGGGCCUGGCUCAGGGACCCAGAGUGCAGGCUGUGGAAGUGGGGCUUGAACUCAGAACCUCCAGCACGUAGAGUUAGGAAGCAAAGAGCUACAUGUCUGCUGCGCACCAGAGGGCAGUCUGCCUUGCUAAAAGGGAUGAGGACAUUUAAGGGGACAUUUUUUUUUCAAAAUCUUAUUAAGAGGAUGUAAGAAUACCCCCAAAUAAAUUUGUUAUUGAUAUAAGUUUUUAUUUUAAAGUCAACAGAAUGUUUGUUUUUCUUCAGGGGGUAGGAUUUUUUCUUAAAAGAGUUAUAUAAAAUGAGACCAAUUCAUAAAGUUUUUUCAAAUUUCUGUAUAAACGCCAUGAUAACUUCAAACCGUGGUACUUUUGGUUAGCAUUGUUUUUUAAAUCUCAUACCUAUCCAUGCAUACUUCAAAUAAAAAAAAAACUGUCUAACAAAUAAAGAAUGUGAAGAUUUUCAUUUAAAUUUUCCAGUUAAAAAAUCUAUACAUUUCAACAUUCCUUUAUUUUUUUGGAAUUUCCAUACAGUUUAGAGCAUCUAAGUGCAGAACUUUCCACACAAGGGAAUUCUGAGGUUGGCUUGUAUUUCACAUGUUUAGAAAAUAGCAAUUUUAAAAGUUUUGCUUUGACAUGUUUGGUUUAGUUUUAUUGAAAUGCUAACCCUACAUUUAAUAAUGGUUUGUUAAAAAAAAAAUCUGUGACAAUUUGAUUAGGUUUGUGUAAAAAGGCAGUUUCAUUAUUUUAAACCAUAGGUUCAAUUUAAAUCCAGUAUCUAAAGAGACC